UGAGUUCGGUGCUGGUGGGAUUCAGUUAAAAUGCUCUUUUCACUUUUGGGCAUGGUACAUUGAGAAAGGAUUUUCUUCUCUUGGAUGCUAUUAGUAGCAGAUCGGAUACCCGGGCAUAUGACACACAAGAACUGAACAAAUUAAGAUGUUAACCUUAUAUCUCCUCAUGGUCUUAAGUUAUUCACAUGCAUUAGGCUUCUACAUGAACGAAGAAGAUAAAGGCUUAUGGGGGCUAAAACAAGAAAUAGUUGACUCAAAUAAUGGGACUGAAGACUUGGGUGGGUUGCUUGGGGAGGAAGACUUCUACUGUGAAGAAAAACAAACCAUUGGACUGGAUUAGGGAGGGGACUCUUGUCAUUGACAGUCUCUAAGAACAAAUAAGUCAUCUGCAGAGAGGAAAUGCUACAUCUCCCUACCUCAGGAGUGGCAGAUUGACAAGAGGACGUCGAGUCCUGUCCAGCAGUGAUUUUAGUGAUGCUAACAGGUGAAGAAUAUUUCAUGUUUCAUCCUGUAUUGAGCACCUGCUGCUGAGAGCUGGAAAGUCUACUUAAGAUAUUUCAAGACCUUCCUUGCCAGCAGAAUAUGACAGAUACCUAGCAUCUAGCAAAACCAUGGCAGCAGCUUACCUUGAUCCAAACCUGAAUCAUACACCAAGUUCAAGUGCAAAGACACACCUCAGUACUGGGAUGGAGCGUUCCCCAGGGACCAUGGAACGAGUCUUAAAGGUUUUUCACUACUUUGAAAAUAGCAGUGAACCAACAACGUGGGCCAGCAUUAUCCGGCAUGGAGAUGCUACUGAUGUCCGAGGCAUAAUUCAGAAGAUUGUGGACAGUCACAAAGUGAAAAAUGUGGCCUGCUAUGGAUUACGGCUCAGUCAUCUGCAGUCUGAGGAGAUUCACUGGCUACAUCUGGACAUGGGGGUGUCCAACGUGAGAGAGAAAUUUGAACUAGCCCACCCUCCAGAAGAAUGGAAAUAUGAAUUGAGAAUUCGAUAUUUACCAAAAGGAUUUCUAAACCAGUUCACUGAGGACAAACCAACUCUAAAUUUUUUCUAUCAGCAGGUGAAAAAUGACUAUAUGUUAGAAAUAGCAGAUCAAGUGGACCAGGAAAUUGCUUUGAAACUAGGUUGCCUUGAAAUCCGGAGAUCCUACGGAGAGAUGAGAGGCAAUGCAUUAGAAAAGAAGUCCAACUAUGAAGUGUUAGAGAAAGAUGUUGGUUUAAGACGUUUUUUUCCGAAGAGUUUACUAGAUUCAGUGAAGGCCAAAACACUACGAAAAUUGAUCCAACAAACAUUUCGACAAUUUGCCAACCUCAAUAGAGAAGAAAGUAUUUUGAAAUUCUUUGAGAUCCUCUCUCCCGUGUACAGAUUUGACAAGGAAUACUUCAAGUGUGCUCUCGGUUCAAGCUGGAUUAUUUCAGUGGAACUGGCCAUUGGCCCGGAAGAAGGAAUCAGUUACCUUACAGACAAGGGUGCAAAUCCAACACAUCUAGCAGACUUCAAUCAAGUGCAAACUAUUCAGUAUUCAAACAGUGAAGACAAGGACAGAAAAGGGAUGUUGCAACUCAAGAUAGCAGGUGCACCUGAGCCUCUGACAGUGACAGCACCAUCCUUAACCAUUGCAGAGAAUAUGGCUGACUUGAUAGACGGGUACUGCCGACUGGUGAAUGGAGCUACGCAAUCUUUUAUUAUCAGGCCACAGAAAGAAGGUGAACGAGCUUUACCAUCGAUACCAAAGCUGGCCAACAAUGAGAAGCAAGGAGUAAGGUCACACACGGUCUCUGUGUCAGAUGAAAUUAGUGGGGACGAGACAGAUGACUACGCAGAGAUUAUAGAUGAAGAAGAUACUUAUACAAUGCCGUCAACCAGAGAUUAUGAAAUUCAAAGGGAGAGAAUUGAACUGGGGCGCUGCAUUGGUGAAGGACAGUUUGGAGAUGUACACCAAGGAGUUUACAUGAGUCCGGAAAAUCCAGCUAUGGCUGUUGCAAUCAAAACAUGUAAAAACUGCACCUCAGACAGCGUUAGAGAAAAAUUCUUACAAGAAGCCUUAACAAUGCGUCAGUUUGAUCAUCCUCACAUUGUGAAGCUCAUUGGUGUUAUUACAGAAAACCCAGUUUGGAUAAUCAUGGAGCUCUGUACACUUGGAGAGUUGAGAUCGUUUUUGCAAGUAAGAAAAUACAGCUUGGAUCUGGCCUCUCUGAUACUCUACGCUUACCAGCUUAGCACAGCACUUGCAUACUUAGAGAGCAAAAGAUUUGUACAUAGGGAUAUUGCUGCUAGAAACGUGCUGGUAUCUGCCACUGACUGUGUAAAAUUGGGUGACUUUGGUUUAUCCAGAUACAUGGAAGACAGUACUUACUAUAAAGCUUCCAAAGGAAAAUUACCUAUCAAAUGGAUGGCUCCAGAGUCAAUCAACUUCCGACGGUUUACCUCAGCUAGCGAUGUGUGGAUGUUUGGUGUGUGUAUGUGGGAGAUCCUAAUGCAUGGGGUAAAGCCCUUCCAGGGAGUGAAGAACAAUGAUGUGAUUGGGCGAAUUGAGAACGGUGAGCGGCUCCCAAUGCCUCCAAACUGCCCUCCUACCCUCUACAGCCUUAUGACCAAGUGCUGGGCAUACGACCCUAGCAGACGACCCAGGUUUACUGAACUUAAAGCACAACUCAGUACAAUACUGGAGGAAGAGAAGCUGCAGCAAGAAGAACGAAUGAGAAUGGAAUCCAGGCGACAAGUCACAGUAUCGUGGGACUCAGGAGGAUCAGAUGAAGCUCCUCCCAAGCCCAGUAGGCCUGGUUACCCCAGUCCGAGAUCCAGUGAAGGAUUUUACCCGAGUCCACAACAUAUGGUACAGCCAAAUCAUUACCAGGUGUCUGGCUACCCUGGUUCUCAUGGGAUACCAGCCAUGGCAGGCAGCAUUUAUCCUGGGCAGGCUUCUCUCUUGGAUCAAGCAGAUUCCUGGAACCAUCGGCCUCAGGAGAUAGUGUGGCAACCAAACAUGGAGGAUUCGGGCACUUUGGAUAUACGAGGAAUGGGCCAGGUUCUACCCACACAUCUCAUGGAGGAGAGAUUGAUACGACAGCAACAAGAGAUGGAAGAAGAUCAACGCUGGCUUGAAAAAGAGGAACGAUUCCUGAAACCCGAUGUGCGGCUCUCCAGAAGCAGCAUCGACCGAGAGGACGGAGGUCUCCAGGGCCCAGCUGGUAACCAGCACAUAUAUCAACCUGUGGGUAAACCAGAUCAUGCAGCUCCGCCAAAGAAACCUCCCCGCCCUGGAGCCCCCAGCCAUUUGGGCAGCCUUGCCAGCCUGAACAGCCCUGUGGACAGCUACAAUGAAGGCGUGAAGAUUCAGCCGCAGGAGAUCAGCCCUCCUCCUACGGCCAACCUGGACCGCUCCAACGACAAAGUCUACGAGAAUGUAACUGGGCUGGUGAAAGCGGUCAUAGAAAUGUCCAGUAAAAUACAGCCAGCUCCGCCGGAGGAGUAUGUACCCAUGGUAAAGGAGGUUGGUUUGGCGUUAAGAACCUUACUGGCAACGGUAGACGAGACCCUCCCCGUGCUUCCUGCAAGCACCCACAGAGAGAUUGAGAUGGCACAGAAGCUGCUGAACUCAGACUUGGCCGAGCUCAUUAACAAGAUGAAACUGGCACAGCAGUAUGUCAUGACCAGCUUGCAGCAGGAGUACAAAAAGCAAAUGCUGACAGCUGCUCAUGCUCUGGCAGUGGAUGCCAAAAACUUGCUGGAUGUUAUUGAUCAAGCCAGACUGAAAAUGAUCAGUCAGUCCAGACCGCACUAAGUACUGAGGGAAGAGUUUCAUCAGACUAAGAAUUCUGCUUGCGAAAGGAUGUUAUUUCACCUUCCACCAGCAGUGAGGAUUAACCCAGUGUAGUCCUGGCUUGCCAGCGCCUCUUGCUUCAGCAGACCUGACUGACAGCUGUUGGUUCUCUCUCAUUACAAAAGUUUAACCAAGUUUUUAUCAUAAGGCCAAGCUGGUCUGGGAUUCAAAACGUGGCAUUAUCACAAGAUGAAGUCUGUACAGAAGUCCUCGGGAAAUCACAGCUAUGGAGCGCACUUCAGUUUUAUACCAUCGCAUGGGACACACUUAGCCUAGAGCUGCCACAGGGUUACGGUCUCAGAGCCAGAACCGUCCGAGCAGCAGAUCCAAGAACGAUAUUGUGAAGUGAAGAAUUCGGGGAAACCUCAGGGCUGAGAAUUCUUGCCCACAGUAUAUGAACUAUCCAGACUGGAAUUUUUUUAUUAGAACACUUACGUCGCAAUAUGCUAAUCACAAUUUACAGAGAAAGAAUAAAAAGCUAUAUUUUCAAGACUUCAGUCAUUUCAAGACAAAACUAAAGCCCUCUUCAUCUUCCUGCCUUUUACUUUUAUGUGAAUGUGUGAAGCAUUUGUUUGGAACUAGCUGUAGAACACGACUGAAAACUCAUCUUUUUCACCAGAAUAAUGUGCCAGUUCUUUUGUAGCAACGUUGUUUUCCUUGGAAGCAAAAAUGCUGCUUUGUACCAGAGCAAUUCAGAGCUGCAUUUAGAGUUCUGUAACCAUUCAUGUCCCCCAUUUUUAUAUAAUUUAUAAAAACAGAUUAAAGCCAUGUUGAAUAUUUUAAACCCACUGUAGUUAACUAACCCAUCCUUUUGUCUAUCUUGCCUGGGACAAGUUACAGUAGAGCAGUGUAAUUAGAUUUUCCUUGGUUUUCCAGUUAUGCCAUCUGUUCUGUUAAAAUAAAAUCCACGCUCCCUUUUUGCUGUUGAGGGAUAUAAAUUAUUCUCAGGAAGAAUAUAAUGAACUGUACAGUUACUUUGACCUAUUAAAAAGGUGUUACCAGUGAAA